UGUCUCCUUUAUUCAACAUGUUUGCCAGUGUUGGCUGAUCUUUUUUCCUUUUUCCCAAAGUGUUGUCUGGUCUUACGCACGGAGAGCUUCUACUUCCUGAUCCACCUGUCCGACAGGUAUUCAGACAGGCGGAGGGGGAAAAAAACUGACUCAAGACGAAACAUACUAUGGACGGAAAUUUACCGAAGUUUUGAGGCAACUUAGAGGAUUUUUUUUCAAUCGUCACCGAAGUAGAUCCAGUUUCUAAUCCAAGUAUGUGUCGAGUGGACGCAAGAAGGACAGCUCUAAAUGUAGUUGUGUUGCUGUAUUUGUUUGGCGUUUUCGGCCUUUCCCAAGUUUCCUCCAUCAAAGUGACCACUCCACCAGAGCUCCAUGCAACUAAAGGGGAUACGGUAAAGUUGCCCUGCACUUUUACCUCUACAGCAAACCCAACAAGUAAAAUGCGUGUUAGCUGGUCCUAUACACCACAGACUGGAGGUUCAUCACUGGUGUUUUUCCACUUCUCCUCUAAAGCUGAACUUCCAAAGAGUGGUCAGUUUGCUGGUCGCAUCAAAUGGCAGGGAACCCCUGCACGUGGGGACGUCUCCAUCUCCCUGAUCAAUGCCACACUGAAUGACAAUGGGACAUACACAUGUGAUGUCACAAACCCCCCAGAUGUCUUUGACUCCCCAAAGUCACACACUGUUCUGACAGUUACUCCAAAGGCUACGACCAUCCGCUUCUCAGAUGUUGCUGUGCUCCUCGCCUUUAUCCUGCUCCCCUCCGGCCUCAUUACCUUCUUCCUGAUUGGACGGAUGUUUUGUCCCAAGAAACGGCACAACCAAUCAAAGGCCUACAGAUCACCGAUAGAGGUCACAGAGGGAGAGGAAAAUGGUGGCUACCCACAGACAACCUACAUAAAGAGCACCACUUGCUGUGACAUGUGUCUAAUGGACUCUGACAUAGAGGAUGAAUACCACAGUAUACAGAAGAGGCAUCCCAGGGAAGAGGAGUAUGUUGAGUCUCAGUGCUAAUAUCCACAGUGAUAGCUGUUUAAAAACUUCAUCCACUGGACAGAAAACAAAACUGGCCUUCUUGAUUGGCAUUUGGUCAUAAAGUUUACUUUGUUUUUUUCAUUUUUAUUUUGAGACAUAUUUAGAAAUUGCUCCACCCCAAUAUUUACCACAAAUAUUCGACUUACUUUUGACUGCUGAGCUGAGCAGCUGAGCACUGACAGAUACAAAAAUCCUUUAUUCCUUUGUGGGUUAUGGUGUAGAUACUUUAUUUUGUCUGCAGUAGAGUUACUAAACCUAGCACCCUUAAAUCAGGUGGAACCUGACAAAACAAGCCAACCGAGCAGUGUAUAUAUAUUUUUAUCUUUCUGAUUUACCUAUUGUGUCAUUUUGUCAUUGUGAAACAUGUGGAUGAGUUUAUUUUGUUUUAUUUUAUUGUUUUUCUUUUUCUAAUUUAUUGCCUGAGAGAGCGGCUGCAUUCAUUUUGUCUUUGCGUAGCUGUGGAACAUUUUUGGUAUUUGCUUGAGAUUAGGACAGAAUAAACAUUUUGAUUUAAAACUUCUA